AUGGAUAACGGCGCUGACUGAUGAGCACAACUGGAGGAAAUCUGACCCUGUUGGUUCUGGCAGGACUGUGAAGGUUUAAUGAGACUUCACAGUGAGGCAGCCAGGAGGAGGUGGGAGACGUGUCUCCUGCGGGUCAUGUAAGAGGACAGCCCGUCCCGUCCCCGGUUUCCUCCUUCCUCCACUGAUGUUUACGCGCCGCGGAGAGAUGGGAGCGCUGCGCCCGAAGAGGAGCGCUCUGCCGCGGCUCUGCCUCCUCCUCCGCCUCCUCCUCCUCCUGCUGGGCUUCUCCGUGUCCACCUCGGCGGCCUGGGACCUGGUCCUCCUGCACACCAACGACGUGCACGCCCGGGUGGAGGAGACCGGCAAGCACUCCGGGAAAUGCAGCGGCAGCCGGAGGAGCGGCGGGUGUUACGCCGGAGUGGCCCGGAGAGCCACGGUGAUCAAGCGGAUCCGCUCCUCCGAGAGCAACGUGCUGCUGCUGGACGCCGGAGACCAGUUCCAGGGCAGCGUGUGGUUCAACUACUACAAGGGAGCCGAGGCUGCUCACUUCAUGAACAAGCUGCAGUACGAUGCCAUGGCUUUGGGAAAUCAUGAGUUCGACAACGGAGUGGAAGGGCUCAUGAAGCCGUUCAUGGAGGAGAUCAGGUGUCCUGUCCUGAGCGCCAACAUCAAAACGGACGAGGCUCUGGCACCGACGUUCGGCAGCUCGUACCUACCUUACAAGAUACUGGCUGUGGGCGGCGAGAGGGUCGGCGUGGUGGGGUACACGUCACAGGAAACGCAGGCUCUGUCCAGACCGGGACCUCACCUGGAGUUCGAGGACGAGGUGACCUCGCUGCAGCUGCAGGUGAACAAGCUGCAGACGCUGGGGGUGAAUAAGAUCAUCGCUCUGGGUCACUCCGGCUUCACGGUGGAUCGCGAGAUCGCCAAAAAGGUCCGGGGGGUCGACGUGGUCAUCGGUGGACACACCAACACUUUCCUGUUCACAGGGUCACCUCCCUCCUCUGAGGCCACGGCGGGUCCUUAUCCGUUCAUGGUGAAAUCGGUGGACGGGCGGCAGGUUCCCGUCGUGCAGGCCUACGCCUUUGGAAAAUAUCUGGGUUAUCUGAAAGUGACCUUUGACGAAGCUGGAAACGUGGUGAAAUCGACUGGAAACCCAAUCCUGCUAGACAGCAGCAUCCCACAAGAUCCCGAUGUUCUCGCCGACGUGGAGGAAUGGAAGAAGAAUCUGGCCAACUACUCGGCUGAGGAGGUGGGAAAGACUCUGGUCUUCCUGAAUGGGACCUCUGAGGAGUGCCGAUUUCGAGAGUGCAACCUUGGAAACCUGAUCUGUGACGCCAUGGUCAACAACAACAUCAGGUUCUUGGAGGACGAGCAGUGGAACCACGUCAGCGCCUCCAUCUUCAACGGCGGAGGCAUCCGAACGUCCAUCGACGAGCAAAGCAGGAACGGUUCCAUCACCAUGGAGGACCUGAUCUCCGUCUUGCCCUUCGGGGGAACCUUCGACCUGGUGCAGCUGAGGGGCUCCACGCUGAGGAAAAUGUUCGAGCACUCAGUGAAGCGAUACGGCCUCAGCACCGGAGAAUUCCUCCAAGUGUCCGGUUUCCACGUGGAGUUCGACCUCUCCAAGCCAUCGGGGAGUCGCGUGAGGAGCCUGGACAUCCUCUGCACUCAGUGUCGAGUCCCCCGGUACGAACCAGUGGAGGACGAGACGGUUUACACGGUGGUGCUGCCGUCCUACAUGGUGACGGGCGGAGACGGGUUCUCCAUGAUCAAGAACGAGACGCUCAAACACAACAGCGGUGACCUGGACAUUUCAGUCGUGUCCAGCUACAUCAUGCAGAGAAGGAGAGUUUAUCCGUCUGUUGAAGGACGCAUCAAGUUCUACAACUCAGCGUCCGGACUGCGGGGACAGAUGCCGCCACUGGUUUUACUGGUUUCACUGGUGCUACUCUGGACUCUGUGAGGAAGCAUGUAGGAGAGACUUCACCCAAGAAGGAAGUUUUUUGUUGUUUUUUUUAAAGCUAAACCACAUGGGAACUUGAAUCAGCAACACGGAUGGAUGUAAUUUGACUUUCCUUUGAUUCUAUUUUACAUUUCAGAACAAAAGCCGAGCUCGAGGAGACAGUUCCCCCCCCAAAAAAAAAAAACUGGUCAGGAGUCUCUUGAAACUCAGUGUGGACCAAGUUUGGACUCACAAAACCACAGCUGAGGUGACUUAGAGCUUCAGGAGAAAACUGACGAGUCCUCAGAUUUCUCUCUCUCUGUCCUCACAAAAGAAGUUAAGUGUUUUUCAAAACAGGCAGCUGGGGAGGGAUUUGCUACGCGGUCUUGAGAACUGAAAAUACAGCUCUGAGGUGGUUUUCUUGCUGGAUUUGGCUCCUGGCACACAGGGGCUGAGUUGGCAAACAGGACAAAUAGCUGCACAGCUAACUGAGCUAACAGCAGCAACAAAAGUUGUGUUUUUGUUCAGUAAUCUGUGACUGUAGAAACAAUCAGUGUCCUUCUUUUACAGAAGCCCUGAGAGGCCAGAGAGGACUUUCUUUUUUAUUUAUUUAUUUUUCUGGUGAUCUGUUUUAGAUCUGAACUGUUACCUCUCCUGUGUUUAUGACUUGAGAACUGGUGGAAGAAAAGUUUUGCCAAGAUAAUCUCAGUUUCAUAAGAAAAUUUGAGGAGAAAAAAAAAAGUUCUUUUUCCCCAGACCUUAUUCACAAGAAAAUUAUCAGGUGUAGGAUUUUUUUCCUUUCACCAUGAUUUUUUUUUCCCCAGAAAAAAAAGAAAAUAUUGUUUUGCUUUGUUUGGAAUGAAACGAAUUUCCCAGGAUAAAUGUAUCCUGUGAGGGAACACAGAAUUCCUUGAAGAAAAAAAAACAGUAAUAAUUUUGCGUGGCUUCACACAUGAAAAAAGAAAUUCUCCUUGAAACACAGAAAAACAAUUGAAACUUUAUGUCAGUUCUCAAGCCAUAAACACAGUAGUGUUUACAUCAGACUUAGAAGAUGGAUCACCAGGAAUGAAAAAUGUUCCUCACUUGCCCCUCAGGGCUUCCAUAUUCUCAUUAGGGGAUUGUUUACUGGACGCCCCGACUGAUAGAUGACAUGAAAACAGGAUAUUUAAUUCAUGUUAGCUCACACACACAAGCUGUUCCCCGCAGCAGCCUCUCUCCAGUCUGGAACAUGCAGUGUUUUUGAAGCAGACUUCCUCGGGUGAACAAGGCCUCCACUGUGUGAGGGAUCUCCUGAACAACGCUCGCUGCCUCUUAAUGCUCGGGAACUCCUCAUUACUCAGUUCACUGAGUGUAACACAGCUGGCACCGGCCUGCACUGACACCAGCUGCCAAAUUCUAGAAGCCCCGCCGCAUUAAGAGUCAGGAAAGUGUUCUGAGAAGAGACAGAUCUCACUGUCAGAGCGCCCAAUCAGCCUGAGUUACAUCAGGACAGUCUCACUUUUCUACUUUUCACCGUUUUAUAUUUAGACGUUCGGCAGAAAGAGUUUUUCUCUGAGCAGCUUCGUGUCUCAAUGAGAGGAAUGUGGAUUUCGCAAUUCACUUGAAAGGGCUCGUAUUUGAACACGUUCUCUCUCUCAGCUCCUGUUGUGUCUGUCCAGUUCUGUCGUUUUGGUUUUAUUUGUCCAGAUUUUGAGAUCGAGUCUGUGCUGCCCAACGUAAUCAUAAACACAUUUUACACUGAAACUGUC